AUGGCCCCUACCAGCAAGACAGCCAACGCUGCCGCCAAGGCGGUUGUUAAGGGAUCUUCCCUUCACAAGUCCCGCAAGGUUCGCACCUCGACCACCUUCCACCGCCCCAAGACCCUGCAGCUCUCGCGGUCUCCCAAGUACCCCCGUGUCUCCAUCCCCCGUCAGCCCCAGCUCGACGCCCAGAAGAUCAUUCUGUACCCUCUCAACACUGAGAGCGCCAUGAAGAAGAUCGAGGAGAACAACACCCUGGUCUUCAUUGUCGACAUCAAGUCCAACAAGCGCCAGAUCAAGGCCGCUAUUAAGAAGCUGUACGACGUUGACACCGUCAAGGUCAACACUCUGAUCCGCCCCGACGGCUCCAAGAAGGCUUUCGCCCGCUUGACCCCUGACGUCGAUGCUCUUGACAUCGCCGCCACCAAGCUGGCCAUCGUCUAA